UAACGCAGCCCGCAUCUCGUGUCGUCCCCGUGUCGUACUAUAUAACGCAGCAGCGGCCAUCACCGCUCGACUCGACCGGUCGCAGCGAGCAGUCGGCGGUGGACCGUCGCUCUAACUAAACACAUCCACAAUGCUCCGUCUGGCCUGUCUCCUGUCGGCGCUCCAGAUAGCCCUGGGGGCCGAAUACCUCCUCCCUGGGGACGUGAUACCCCAUCACUACGAUCUGUCUCUACUGUACGAUGUCGAUCCAGCGACGAACUACAGUUUCUUCGGCAAUGUCGAUAUACUGCUUCAAGCCAACGCCAAAACCUCAAAAAUCGUCCUCCACGCUAAAGACUUCGACAUCGACGAAGACAAAGUCACUUUAACCAGCGACGGUGGCUCCAUCAACGUCGCCAAAGUCCAACUGAACGACACCUUCAACCUGCUGACCGUCGAGUUGGCCAACCAGUUGGAAGUGGGACGGAACUACACGCUGACUAUCCCGUACUCCGGGAAUCUUGUUAAUGGGUUGGAUGGAGCCUACAUCAGUAACUAUGUUGAUAAGAAGACUGGGAACAAUGAGCAUCUGGUGGCGACGCAAUUCGAGUCCAUCUCAGCCCGAAAAGCGUUCCCCUGUUUCGACGAGCCAAUAUACAAGGCCUCUUACAAGGUGAACAUCGGCCACCACCGAGAUUAUACCGCCAUCGCUAACAUGCCGGUUGAGAGCUCUUCGGAUAACAAUGCCUUAGACAGUCAUUGGCCGUGGACAACAGUGACCAAGAAAUUCAAGAAACCCCUCGACCAAUUCGUGUGGGACCACUUCGGCAACUCUGUGCCGAUGUCCACGUACCUGGUGGCGUGGGUGGUCUCCAAGUUCGAGCACGUCGUCAGCCCCGCCGACCUGUCCAAGACCAAGUUCAGGAUCUGGGCCAGGGGAGACGCUAUAGAACAGACGGAGUACGCCUCAACAGUCGGUCCUAAAGUCCUCAGCCACUUCGAGUCCUGGUUCGGAGUGCCAUUCCCUCUGCCCAAGCAAGACAUGGUGGCUAUUCCCGACUUCGCGGCCGGAGCCAUGGAGAACUGGGGACUCAUCACUUACCGGGAAACUGCGUUGCUAUAUGACAAAGAGCAGUCAUCUUUUCUGAACAAGGAACGUGUAGCUGAGGUGAUAGCCCACGAGCUAGCUCACCAAUGGUUCGGAAACCUGGUCACCAUGAAGUGGUGGUCGGACUUGUGGCUGAACGAGGGUUUCGCGACGUUCGCGGCCUCUAUAGGAGUGGCGGCCGUCGAGCCCGAGUGGAAGGCGGAGCGGGCUUACGCUGUGGAUAAUCUCAUGUCCGUUCUCAAUCUGGACGCGCUCGAGUCCAGCCACCCUGUAUCCGUCCCCAUUAAUGAUCCGAAGCGCAUCGCAGAGAUCUUCGAUGAGAUCUCCUACCGCAAGGGAUCUUCUCUCAUCCGUAUGAUGACCAUGUUCCUUGGAGAGGAGGUCUUCAGGAAAGCCAUCAAUAACUACCUCGUCAAAUACUCAUACCACAACGCUGAGCAAGAUGACCUUUGGGCCGAGCUGACGGCCGUCAACCAAGAAAACGGAGGUCUCUCUCGCAACGUCACUGUGAAGACUAUCAUGGACACGUGGACUAAGCAGACUGGGUACCCGCUCAUCACGGUGACGAGGGACUAUAGCGAUGGCACACUGUCUAUUACACAGAAACGCUACCUCGCCGUCGGCAACAAAGCGUCUUCUGACUCCCAGCCCUCCUGGUGGGUGCCUCUCAAUGUACUCUGCCAGAACGAAGUGGGACAGAAACCUGAGCCUGUAGAGUGGCUAGCGGCUAACGAGGGACUACAGAUGGGACACCGGUACAAGCAUGGUUCUGGGGCUAACGAAUGGGUGCUUUUCAACGCUGAAAUGAUUGCUCCAUACCGCGUGAACUACGACGCUGAUAACUGGCGUCUGCUCUCCAAGACCCUCAACAGUGAGAACUACGCCAGCAUCCCAGUGCUGAGUCGCGUGCAGCUCAUGACUGACUCCUUGGAGCUCGCCUGGACUAAUGUGCUGGAUUACGAACAUGCUCUACAAAUGGUCAAAUACCUGAACCGUGAAGAUGACUACCUGCCCCUCUCCACCGGCCUCCGCGGGCUCAGCAAAAUCGAGAACGUGAUCAAGAGGAGUCCAGAGUUUGGCGCCUUCCAGAAGUUCAUGAGGGGGCUGGUGGCUGAGAACUAUGAGAGGGCUGGAGGGUUGGCGAAGAAGGCUAUUCUUAAUGGGGAUCAGCUGAACAGCGUCAAGUUACAGGUGCUGACCAGCUCAUGGGCGUGCCGCAUGAAGGUCCCCGGCUGCGAGGAGAACGCCAUCGAGUUGUUCCAGCGGUGGAUGUCUUCUGACACCCCUGACGAAGACAACCCGAUCCCAUUGGACCUCCGUCGCACCGUAUACUGCGUGGGCAUCUACCGCGGCAGUGUGGUAGAAUGGCGGUUCCUGCUGGAACGCAAACGCCAUUCCAACGUGGCUUCACAUUCUGAUGAUAUUCUGCAGGCGCUCGCUUGCACUAGGGAGGUCUGGAUUCUUAACCAAUAUCUAGAAUGGGCGAUCACAGACGGCUCAGAGGUCCGUAAGCAAGACUCCAUCUCCGUCAUCAGCGCUGUCACCCGAUCCACUGUCGGUUACUAUGUCGCUAGGGACUUCAUCUACAACCGUAUUGGUGAUAUUGAGAAGAGGUUCCGUGGCUCGGAGACCAGAAUCGGCAGGAUAGUUAGAACUCUUCUGGAGCAGUUCACAACUGAGAAGGAAUUAGAAGAGUUCGAAGCGUGGUCAGCCCAGCACAGCAAGGUCCUGGAAGGCGCCAAGCUGGCCGUGAAGCAAGGCAUCGAGAAGGCCCGCGUCAACAUCGGCUGGAUCGCCAAGAACAAGGAGAAGGUCAUCGGCCUCAUGAGGGUCUCUGCCACCGACCAUAUUGCGAAGGAGAGGAGACGUCGCUCCAAGGUCCCCCUUUUUAUUAAUUUAAUAUAUCGUGUCCACAACUUAACUAUAAGUUCUAGGCAAAUUUAAACUUUUUAAAAUAUGUAAAACCUGUUUUUUGAUACAUUGAUGUCUCAAGUCCUAAAGUGGAAUUUAUUUUGUAUUUUUUUAAGAGAUUUGUGAGAUGUUUAAAAAAAAUAUUUUGAUGAUUCGACAUAACAAUGAUAUAAUAUGAAGGUUAUUUUUAGUCGACCAAUGCUGUCGGUAUAGUUAGAAAUUUGACUUUUAAAAGUUAAAUCCUAAAAUAGAUAUAUAUUCUUUCACUCUUUAUUGUAAUGUUAGGUUAAAAAAAAAAACAUUUUUUUUUUCUUAUAUGACAUUCAUAUUGAUGUAUUUUUGUAUUGUAUAAUUUAUUUUUAAUUUUGUAAUAAACGUUCAAUUGUGUUAUGAUAUUGUUUUCUCAAUUAUGUACUUACACGUCUUUUUAUUGAUGAAAUGAGAAAAAAUAAUAAAUUUUAAAUUAUUACUUAAGUCUUACUGUAAUUGUCCGUCCAGUAUUUUAA